AUCGGAAGCAUUCAUUUUGGGAGCAACGCUCUACCCAUGAGGUUCCCAGUGAUAUCGGUGCUCCUGGCGGGGGCUCUAAUGGCUGCUUUCGGGGACAUCAGGACACGCCAAACGAACAUUAAAUGCGUAACGCGGGAUCCAUCGUAUGCGAAGGCGCUUGUCUGCCGCCUGAACGUGCUGGGGCGUGGCAUUAUCGGAGCCAAUGUCCAUGUGAAAUUGCUCAAACUACCAGUUCGGAAGGUGUCCAUCAAUUUCAGCAUCUUUCAAAAGCUCUCCGGCUACCAUCCGUUCCUGUUCAACGUCACCGCGGACCUUUGCCACUACAUGAAGCACCCGAAUCCCCUCAACGUCUUCUACUACUUCUACGGCGCAAUGCUGCCCUUCAUCAACGUGAACCACACUUGCCCCAUCAAUCACGAUGUUAUCCUGAAAGACUUUGUUCUGGAUGAUCAAAUGUUCGCCAAAGUCCCUCUACCCAAGGGCAGCUACAUGUUCGAGAUCAAAAUAAUCAGCGAGGGUGUGUGGAGGGGGACCAUUUACUCUUACUUGGAUAUUAAUGUGGAUGAUAAUCCCCGUAUUAAGUCGGGCUAAGAUUUGCUAUGAGACUCUCGUCUCUCUCUCUCUCUCUCUCAGCUGGAUGUUGCACCCACCCUCCAUCUGUUGGGGGUGGAACAGGGAUUGAGGGUUGAGGUUUGAGGGUUGCACCUUUCCCUGCUAAAAAUAUAAUAAAAUCUCAUUAAGAUCAGCAACAAA